UGCAGGACAUCCUCAGCCAGGUGCGCGUCAUAACGGCCGAGACACAUAAGCUCAGGGAUGCUACCGCUGGUAGCGUUCGAGCACUGGUGACGGCAGAGGAUUAUGCAGAUGUUUGUGUCAAGCUGAGGGUCUUUCUGGCAGCAGUCACUUGUCAUAUCUCGCUGAAGGAGCUCAGAGCAGAAAAUCAUCAAUCGACCACCUUCUCGCAAAUAUCUGCAAUCUGGAGAGCAGUCAUAGUCUCCAAUUACCUGUCUACAUCACGAGAUCGGGUCAAUCUGUUCGUUUCUUCUUAGCAUUUGCAGAACAAGACCAGGCAUCAUGUCUGGCUUUUUUAUCGAGAACAAUAACGUGGGCAACAAGCUCGACAGUGAGGACUGGAGAAUUCGCGGCUACAGCCCCCUCACUCCCCCUGAUCUGCUCCAACAUGAGAUCCCUCAGACGCCCAACUCUAACAAGACGGUGCUCGAGUCACGCGAGGAGGUUGCCUCCGUUGUACAGGGGACCGACUCCCAGAACCGCCUGCUCGUUGUCAUCGGCCCUUGUUCGAUCCACGACCCGGCCGCCGCGCUGGAGUAUUGCGACAUGCUGCUGAAGGAAAAGGAAAAGCAUAAAGACGAGCUGCUUAUCGUGAUGCGCGCUUACUUAGAGAAGCCGCGUACGACGGUCGGCUGGAAGGGCUUCAUUAACGACCCGGAGAUCGAUAAUUCAUUUAGUAUCAACAAGGGCCUACGCCUUAGCCGCCAGCUUUUCGUCGAUUUGACCGACAAAGGUAUGCCUAUCGCUAGCGAGAUGCUCGAUACUAUCUCACCCCAAUUUACCGCCGACCUAUUGUCCGUUGGCGCCGUCGGCGCCCGUACUACCGAGUCCCAGCUGCACCGGGAGCUAGCGAGCGGUCUAUCCUUCCCAGUUGGCUUUAAAAACGGCACCGAUGGCAAUCUAGACGUCGCUAUUAAUGCUAUCGACGCCGUCAAAUAUCCUCACCACUUCUUAUCAGUCACCAAGCCUGGAAUUAUAGCUAUCGUCGGUACAACAGGUAAUGAAGACUGCUUCGUCAUCCUGCGUGGGGGCAAGGGCACCACAAAUUACGAUGCCAAAAGCAUCGCCGAGGCCAAGGCAGCCUUGGCCAAGUGUGAUGUCCGCAAGCGCCUCAUGGUCGAUUGUAGCCAUGGCAACUCACUCAAAAACCACAAAAACCAGCCCAAGGUUGCCACCGAGCUGGCCGACCAGAUCCGUAAGGGCGAGAACGACAUCAUGGGCGUCAUGAUCGAAAGUAACAUCAACGAGGGCAACCAGAAGGUCCCUCCCGAGGGCAAGAGUAGCCUGAAAUACGGUGUAAGCAUCACAGAUGCCUGCAUCGGCUGGCAUGAUACCGAAAGCGUUCUACAGAAUCUGGCGGAUGCUGUAAAGCAGAGGCGGGCGUUUGCGGCCACGAAGGGCCACUAAGCGCGACCAAGCGUG